AUGAUAUCUCCAAUUGUAAGAAGAGGAAUUUUGCAGAGUUCAAAACAUGCAAGAUCAUUCAGUUCAAGCCGAAUGCUUUCGGCGCAAGAGGUCAAAAGUCUUGGUGUUAUCGGCGCCGGCCAAAUGGGACUGGGGAUAGCAUUAGUAGCAGCACGAAUAGCUGGUGUUCCAGUCACUCUCGUCGAUACAAAUCAAGCUUCUCUUGGCAAGGGUCUCGCAUUUGCUGAGAAACUCCUGGCCAAAGAUGUAGCCAAACAGCGCAUAACUCAAGAACAAUCUAACAGUAUCCGCUCCCUACUCACCCCAACCACAAAGAUGGAUGAUCUUUCCUCGGCAGACUUUGUAAUUGAAGCUGUGCCUGAAAUUCCCUCUUUGAAAUUCUCAAUCUUCAGCUCUCUAGCUCAAAUAUGCCCUCCCCAUGCCAUCUUGGCUACAAACACAUCUUCCAUAUCCAUUACACGGAUUGCCGCAUCAACGACUAAAGAUCCCAAAGACACCAGCGCUUCCUCUCGAGUAGUUUCAACACAUUUCAUGAAUCCAGUCCCUAUUCAAAAGGGUGUAGAGAUUAUCACUGGAUUACAGACAAGCCAAGAUACAUUGGAUGCAGCCAUUGAAUUCUGCAAACGAAUGGGCAAAAUCCCAUCUACUUCAGCAGAUUCCCCAGGAUUUUUGGCAAACAGGAUUUUGAUGCCUUAUAUCAAUGAAGCCAUAAUUUGCUUGGAGACUGGUGUUGGUAAAAGAGAUGAUAUCGAUGCGAUAAUGAAGAAUGGAACCAAUGUUCCUAUGGGACCAUUGCAAUUGGCGGACUUCAUUGGUAUUGAUACCUGCUUAGCAAUUAUGAAAGUAUUACAUGAGGAGACAGGAGACAGCAAGUAUAGACCUAGUGUACUACUGGGCAAAAUGGUAGAUGCGGGAUGGCUGGGAAAGAAAAGUGGAAAGGGGUUUUAUGAUUAUUAAAUGAGAAAUAAUGUCAACGACUAGGUAUAAGUCCACGUACCAUGGAUUUGGAGCGUUCUGAUCAAGUGACUAAGAUUCUGGGUAUAUUGAUUCUUCUCUUCACUAUUUCACAGAAGAUAGUGAAGUUAAUUGAUGGUAUUUCGUGCCUCUUCACCAAACCCACAUCAGGACUCUGCUUUACGCACCACGUAAUGUACUUGGCAAAGCUCUUUGCAGUAUUGAAUAAUGAUAGUGAAAUUUCCAAUACAAAUGGACGCAAGAUGUAUCAUAACGUGCCAGCUGAUUUCUCAUAUUCGUUCCAUCUAAAUAUGAAACUCUU